CUACCCUAGAUUCAAAUUAAGUUUCUCAUUCACUCUAUUGGCAACCAAGAACACAUAAAUCGAAAACAUUUCUAGGGACGAAAACCCUAGAUUCACUCUUUUGUCAAUUUGUUUCCAUUAAAUCUUGUAUUUUUCAUUUUUUUUCCUUUGAUUUCGUUUCUAUUGCGUCUUUGAUUUAUGUUUUUUUUUUCAUGGAUUCAUCUGUAGAUGGAGAAACAAAUAUUUCUAGAGAUGGGAAUCGCAAAGCAAUUGAGAGGAAAAAGUAAGAAAACAAUUGAAAGUGACUAAAAGGGAGAAGCAGAGAUAUUUGUUUGAAAACAACAGCUAGUCGAAAGAAGCUACAAAGUUUUUUCUAACUCCGGGUAUUUGUUUUUUUAGCUUGCUUCGACUGUGACAUGGAAAUAUUUUUUCCCCCUAAUUUCCUUGCCUUUGUUUCCUACCUUCAUGGGUGAAGCUGUAAAGGAAGGUCAGUGUCUCAGUUUUGGGUUCUAAUGAUGGUCAAUAGGUCAAAACCUUUUGAAGCAUGGUGUUUGGUUUGUGUGAUUCUAUAUAAAUUAUUUUCUGAUUUUGAUCAGAUUAAGGGAUGGUGAUUUUCAACUUUGGAUUUCUUGCUCUUUCUCUCGCUAUUCUGUGAAUUCAGGAGGGGAUUGACAUUGAGUGAUUAAUGUGUAAUGGCAAAUGAGAUUUUUCUUGGUUCAAUUAAAUUUCAUUUUAAUUUGUUACAACUUUAGGUUGGUCCAUGUUAAUUGGGUUUUAAUUGAUAUGAAUAUUAAGCAAAAUUUGUUUUUGAGACUUGGUUAAGCUUAUUUUCUGUUUUCGAGGGAAGUUUCAAUUUGACCACACUUAAUAGUAGGAGAUAACAUGAUCUUAUAAUCUUCUUUACCUAUAAUUUUUCUUAUAGGUGAUAUUGCCCAAGGGAACUAGGCAAACUAUUAAGGUGGUUAUUUUUGCUCAAGGUACUUUCUCCUGUAAAAGAUGUCUGGGCGAAAAGUUGAGGUAUAAAUCUAAACAAGAAGAGCAACAUGAGAAGAGUAGCACAAAAUGUUGCCAUCAUUGCUGCAAUAGAGAUGAAGAGCGCAGAAAGGCCAAUCAUCAACUUCAUGGGUAAAGAUAUAUGGAAAUCUUGACAAGCAUAACGAGAAGUGAGAAUCCCCAUAAACAUUAGGACUGAACUAGAUGCAGCAAAAAGAGAAAUUGAAUCUGAUACUGUAAAUACCAUGAACGGUACCACAGUAACCGAUGUUGUAUUAGAAGAGGUUGUGUUCAAAAAUACGGGGAAGCCUGUCUCUUCAUUGUUUCCACCAGGAAAAGUAAAAGCUGCAGCAAACAUAAUUGUAAUAACUAGAGCACCUACGACUGAACAAGAUUCUGCCGCUUUUUCAUCCAUUCUUCGGCUUCUUUUAGCAAAUUCCUGUGUUCUCUGAGAAACACUUGGGUAGGAGUUUCACCAUCUUUAUUUUUCUGUUUGUGGCAGAACCGUGGAACAAUGCCCUCCACUGACUGCAUUUGUUACAGAUAUUAAGUGAAAAUUUAUUUUA